AUGGUGCUGCUGACGGUGAAGGGCACGACGUUCCCGGACGAGUUCACCGUCGCGUGCACCGCCACCACCGCCAUUGACGCCGCGCUGGCGCAGCGGCUUUGCCGCAUCCAAAACGUCCGCCACCAGCUGAAGCUGCAGCUGCUCUCCGCCCGGGAGCUACUGGCGGAGGUGCGGCGAAGGCGGCCGCCAAAAUCCCCCGGCGGCACUGGCGACGACGACGACGGCGAGGCCGCCCUUGCGGCUGCCUACGAGCGACUGAUUGAGGCGACGUCCAGGCGCCUGCGCGACGCGGCGGCGCCGGUGACGCCGGAGGAGUUCGACGCCGCCGCGGAGGAGCUGCGUGGCAUGACGGAGCGCCUCUACCCAGACGAGUGCUGCGUGCCCGCGGGGGGCCGGGACGCGGCGGUGGAGCGCCUCUACGCGCUCCAUGAGACCCCCGAGCUGGACGAGGAGCGGCGACUGGUGGUGUACCACUGCCGCGCCGUCCUCGACCGGCAGUGGAAGCAGCACGAGCUGCAGCGCGAGGACGGGGCCGGGCUGUGGUUCUGCGGCAAGCUGAUGGAGGGCGGCAGCCUCGCCAGGUACAGCGGGCGGAACGAGAAGAGCCGGCUCACGGUGAAGGUGCACCCGAAGGACGGCCCGGCACCGAGCGCGGAGCCGCGGAUGAGCUACGACGACCAGCGCGUCCUCUUUGCGCGGAUGCGCCAGCGACGCGAGGAGUACAAGACGCUCGAGGACUCGGAGCUGCGCGCGAGGGUGGCGGCGCAGACCCGCGGCAGGGUGGUGGUGGACGCCGCCAGUUUGCCCACUGCCGCCGCGGUGACGGUGGACACCGCGCGGCUGCGGCCCAUUCGCCCCCAGACGGAGGAGCGCGACGUCACGUGA